GAACUCGAGUUCGCGAUCCAACCCAACACUACUGGCAAACAACUCUUCGAUCAGGUGGUGAAGACAAUCGGUUUGCGUGAGAUCUGGUUCUUUGGUCUGCAAUACGUGGACAGCAAAGGAUACGCGACUUGGCUUAAGCUCAACAAAAAGGUGAUGAGUCAGGACGUGAAGAAAGAAAAUCCAUUGCAAUUCAAAUUUCGCGCAAAAUUCUUUCCCGAAGACGUGGCGGAGGAACUGAUUCAAGACAUCACUCUU